CGAUUAAUUAAUUAAUUAUGAAUGAACAGAAAGCCGUCGCGAAAGUAGCCAACAACGAACCAUUCACCGUCUUCCCAAUUGACAUAUCUCCAAAACUCCUCUUUUCAAUUCCUUCCUUCAAACCCUAUAUAUACGUAUAUCUAUAUGCAUAUGCAUAUGCAUAUCUAAACACGCACACCUUCUUCAUCUAUCUUCCUCCUUCCGCUUUCAAUUCCAUAACACUUUUCCAUUAAUGGCGGAACCGGUGGAGCUUCCGAAUCGAAUCGGAAUUCUUCCCUUCAGGAACAAAGUCUUGUUACCUGGCGCAAUUAUUCGAAUCCGAUGCACUUCUCCCAGCAGUGUUAAACUGGUGGAGCAAGAAUUGUGGCAGAGGGAGGAGAAAGGUAUGAUCGGCAUUUUGCCAGUUCGAGAUGCUGCAGAAACCGUAUCAGCGGGUUCCAUGUUAACACAAGGGGCAGAUUUGGGAGACAAAAGCUCAAAGAAUCAAACAGGUAUUCCAGCUUCUCACAAGCUUGAUGGGAAAAGUCAACAAGAACCAAUUCAUUGGCAUACAAGGGGUGUUGCGGCUCGUGCAUUACAUCUGUCAAGAGGAGUUGAAAAACCAAGUGGGAGGGUCACAUACACGGUUAUUCUUGAAGGUCUAUGCAGAUUUAGUAUCAUGGAGCUUAAUACAAAGGGGGCAUAUUCUACCGCAAGAAUAUCCCCCCUUGAUAUGACUAAGGCUGAGAUGGAGCGAGUUGAACAAGACCCAGAUUUUAUAGCACUUUCUCGUCAGUUUAAAGCAACUGCCAUGGAGCUCAUUUCUGUUCUCGAGCAGAAACAAAAAACUGUUGGGAGAACCAAAGUUCUUUUGGAAACAGUUCCUUUGCACAAACUGGCAGACUUCUUUGUUGCAAGCUUUGAGAUUAGUUUUGAAGAGCAGCUGUCAAUGCUAGAUUCUGUCGAUGUUAAAGUAAGGCUUUCAAAAGCCACAGAAUUAGUCGACAGGCACUUACAGUCGAUACGUGUGGCAGAGAAGAUAACCAAAAAGGUUGAAGGACAGCUGUCAAAAUCACAAAAGGAGUAUCUUCUUCGUCAGCAGAUGAGGGCUAUUAAAGAAGAGCUUGGUGACAAUGAUGAUGAAGAUGAUGAUGUAGCUGGCCUUGAAAGAAAAAUGCAAGCUGCUGGAAUGCCUCCAAAUGUCUGGAAGCAUGCACAAAGAGAACUAAGGAGACUGAAGAAAAUGCAACCUCAGCAACCUGGAUACAACAGUUCUCGUGUUUACCUCGAGCUUCUUGCUGAUUUACCGUGGCAGACAACCAGUGAAGAACUAGAAUUUGACCUAAAAGCGGCAAAAGAGCGACUUGAUAGUGACCACUUUGGUUUAGAAAAAGUCAAGCAAAGGAUUAUUGAAUAUCUAGCUGUUCGCAAGUUGAAACCAGAUGCAAGAGGCCCUGUCCUAUGCUUUGUGGGCCCACCAGGAGUCGGGAAAACAUCCUUGGCGUCAUCCAUUGCUGCUGCUUUGGGUAGGAAGUUUGUACGAAUAUCCCUUGGUGGUGUGAAAGAUGAGGCUGAUAUUAGAGGCCAUAGGAGGACAUACAUUGGCAGCAUGCCGGGCCGACUCAUUGAUGGACUAAAGAAAGUUUCCGUUCGCAAUCCUGUUAUGUUGCUGGAUGAAAUUGAUAAAACAGGAUCUGAUGUACGUGGUGAUCCUGCUUCAGCACUACUGGAGGUUCUCGACCCUGAGCAGAAUAAAUCAUUCAAUGAUCACUACUUAAACGUUCCUUUUGACCUGUCAAAAGUGAUCUUUGUGGCGACUGCUAAUAGAGCACAGCCAAUUCCUCCUCCACUUCUAGACAGGAUGGAAGUCAUCGAGCUUCCUGGAUAUACAGCUGAAGAGAAGCUUAAUAUCGCAAUGCGCCACCUAAUCCCACGUGUUCUAAAUCAGCAUGGCUUGAAUUCUGAGUUCCUCAAAGUUCCUGAGGGGAUGGUGAAACUUAUUAUUCAACGAUACACUAGAGAAGCUGGUGUGAGGAACCUAGAGAGAAACCUUGCAGCACUAGCUCGUGCAGCAGCAGUAAGAGUGGCACAACAGGAGCAAACAGUGGUUCCACUUAACAAAGACGUGCACCAAAUAUCAUCACCAUUGCUGGAGAGUAGACUUGCGGAAGGAGAAGUGGAGAUGGAGGUCAUACCCAUGGGUGUGAACAAUCAUGAAAUAUCAAGUGCAUUCAGGGUUCUGUCGCCAUUAGUUGUGGACGAAGAUAUGCUGGAAAAAGUACUUGGGCCUCCAAAGUAUGAUGAUAAAGAAACUGCGGAAAGAGUUGCAAGUCCGGGGGUUUCUGUGGGGCUUGUAUGGACCUCCUUUGGUGGUGAAGUCCAGUUCAUCGAGGCUACAUCGAUGAUCGGCAAGGGGGAUCUGCACCUUACUGGCCAACUCGGUGAUGUUAUUAAAGAGUCGGCACAGAUAGCAUUGACUUGGGUAAGAGCUAGGGCAACAGAACUCAACUUGACUCCUGCGGAAGAAGGUGGUAAUCUGCUUGAAGGACGGGACGUUCAUAUACAUUUCCCUGCGGGGGCGGUGCCAAAAGACGGGCCAUCAGCUGGUGUUACACUUGUCACUGCACUUGUUUCCCUUUUCAGUCGUAGACGAGUAAGGUCAGAUACAGCAAUGACCGGAGAGAUGACUUUGCGAGGCUUGGUUCUACCUGUUGGCGGCAUCAAGGAUAAGGUCUUGGCGGCACACCGGUACGGGCUUAAGCGAGUUAUCUUACCCGAGAGAAAUUUGAAAGACUUGGUUGAAGUGCCUGCAGCUGUUCUUGGAAGCAUGGAGAUACUAGUGGCUAAGAGAAUGGAAGAUGUACUGGAACAUGCUUUUGAAGGUGGGUGCCCCUGGAGACAGCAUUCUAGAUUAUGACUACUGAUUUGAUCUAACAUAAAACAUCACCGCUAUGCUUGACAAUGAAACCAAGAGGAUGAUCUUUUGUAUGUAUUUUAUGUUCUUACAUGUAUCUAUGUGACAUACACGUACUUCCGUAGGUUUACACAUUAUAAUGUGUAUAAAUCAUCAUUUUGUGAAUGUAUAUUUUUAAAUUCUAUAGAAUGUCGUGCAUUGGUGUUUCAA